AUGCUGAAGUCGCAUGGAGCGUUGACUAAUGAGGUCCUAGGUGAGGAAACUGCUCAAGCCUCUCUGCGCGGAGGGUACGUAUCGGACGAAGACGAUUCGGCAAAAGUACUCGCGAGCUUUGAGACGAAGGGCGCUGCCGCGAAUGCCCAUCGCGAGGAGAUGUCUGCACAGGCUAGCAAGAGCGAGUUUUCCACUACGACUAUGCAGGGAGAUCUGAAGGCUGAGAUGCUACAAAUGUGGCAUACCGCACCUCCAUCCGGCACCGAAGGCGAACCUGAAGAUGACAUUGACCCGGUCCGACUACUAGCGACUUUCGACAACACGCCUUCUGCAAGGCAAACCACUAUUCGCGUAAAGAGCGAAGAUGUUGACUCGGAGCAAACGCUUGCGUCUCCUGCAUGCAGCUGGUCGUUCAGCCCAGGAGCUCCAGUUGAGGCGCCCAUGAGCAUCACAGCAGGUCUACGUCAGUCUAUUGAUGCUCACCCGCUGGCCACUGACCCCGAUUGGGAGGCUCGUUUCGAGAAGCUGUUGGAAGGACUACACACUCCAACGGCACAGAGCCCACAGGCUAUCUUGGGCGGUGACGACGACAAAGACCCCCGAAGCAUGCUGGCUGCCAUUGAACAAGAGAGCGCUCUCGCCCAUAACAAUGACCCCAAGUGGAUGCUUGCAGAGCUGGAGCGAGGACUGCUGCAGGGAAAUAUUGAUGAAGACAACGACGAAAGUCUUGACGCAUUUCGAGCUAGACUCAUAAACACUCUCUCGUCUUCAGCUGGUCAUGCAUAUGGCGCACAAAAUUUUACGGAUGCGAACACCACAAGCUCCGCCGUCUGUAGUGAGGUUGACAGCUUGGUCACGCUCGACAAAACUCUCCUACCCUACACCAUUGCACUUCAGUUGGAGAUCGCCGGUAUUUCCUGGGAGGAAAUUCAAGGCUGGACGACCUACCUCUUCAGCGAGGGACUCGACGGCUACAAGGCAUGUCAAGACAAGGACGCCAUUGUCAAGCGAGCCAACGAAGAACUGGAAAAGACCAUUUCUCAAGUGACCGAAGAGACCAAGCACUACUGGAGCAUCCAAGAUGAAGUUAGGCUUCCGUGUCGGGUCAUCAUCUCCAACAUCGCGGCAGGUGCAGACGUGGGAGAUCUCCAAGAGUUUUUCCGCUCAUUCAGAUUCGUCGUCGAGGAGAUCAGAAUGCUACCUGGAAGAGAUCCGGUCAAGCGGACCAAGGUCGCCCACAUGGACAUGGUGUCAAGGCAUUAUGCUAUUCAAGCUUCAUUCAUGACCGGUAGCAUCUUCGGGCUGAUGCUCAAGAUCAAGUUGGCGGUUGAGAAGAAGGAUUGA